AUGAAGAUGACGACGUUGAGGAUCGUCGGAAGCGUGGCAAGACGCCGCCAGACAUGUGCGCCGUCUGCUCCGUGCAGGACACGGCCGAAUGGCGUCGGGGUGAGUUCACUCGCGGCGAUCGACACGGCACGUCCAGCUCUGGAACUGAUCUUGCGCGACCGGACAGGACCUGCUGGGUCGAGAAUGUUGUGUAAUGGCUGUGGUCUAUGCGCAGCCAAGCGGGCCAAGGAGCGGGCGAGUGAGGGUGAGUGACGCGCGUUCGGCACGCAUCACCUCGACCGUCGGGCCAUAGCAGACGUGCUCACUCGGGUAAAUCUCAUAGGCUUCGGUCCCGUCAGUGGUGAUGUCGAGAUCUGGCAUGAACUUCGGGCCAUCGGGGCCGAACGCUUCAAGGUAGGGUCCAACCCGACAGUCUGCCGGCCGGCCGGCUAAUGUCAUACCGAUGAGCUGACAGACGUGGUCACUUUCUCCGUUAAUCCACAGAUUGCCCCCGAGAACUUCGACCUACCGGAAGGAACGAUGGAGAGAAUUCGAGCGACAAGGGAAAGGACCGAACAAACCAAUGCAGCCUCGAUUGCAUCGGUAAGUUGACCGCGAUCACAGCGGUGGGCGGGCGAAUCGCGCAGUCGGACGGCCUGCUGCCUGCUGAGGUGGAUGCUCCCUUUCUGAUACCAGUCUCAAAGAAUGCAGAAGAGUCGAAAACGUUCAGGUUCGAGAUCGGUAUCUGCCCACCCAGAGCGCGAAGCCGCCGCUGGUCUUAUGGGUUUACGUCGAGGUGAGUGCAGGACUUGCGAUACCGGUUCCUUUAAUCGACCAUCAGCACCCCUAAAAGCAUAAUACCGCCGCGUCCAUAUGACUUCAGCUUCGCUUGGUAACGAGUGGCCGGACCGAAGCAACCGUUCCCCUAUGGGUCUGUCAUCCUUCGUGUCAGCGCUUCAGCGACCAAGUGGACCUCCGAUGAUGCCACCCUCUCCGCCCCUGACGACCCGACCUUCCUCAACGCCUCACUUCAGCCCUCCAUCGACGAUGAUGAUGACUCCUCGAGCUUCUUCAGACUAUGGAUCAAGACGUGGCUCCCUCACGAUUCCGUCCCAGCAAUCCAUGGAACAUCGGCAGCUGCAAUAUCUUCCGCCGAUCACCCAGAUGAUCCCGCCUCAAUACUUUCAGGGGGUCCCCCCUCCUGCCCCUCCUGCGCCAUCCGAUCUCCCCAACCUCAACAGACGACCUUCUUUCCUCGAAGCAUGGCGUCAAAGAACACAUGGUGCUCCCCUCCCUUCCUUGGCCCAACAAGUUCCCCCGAUCUCGACGCCAAGCUCCUCCGUUCGAUCGACGAUGACGGAUCCACAAACGCCUUCGCUCGAGCACGAGCACCCGGAACAACUCCCCCACGAUUGA